AUUAUUCAAAAUUUCUUGAAAUUGAAUAAUUAGGAUAAAAUGUACACAAUUAAGCUCUUUCUCAUUAUUGUUCCUCUAGUUAUUUCUUCCAGGAUUGAUCAAGACAAUUCAUCAUUUGAUUCUGUAUCUUCAGAGCCAAAAUCAAGAUUUGCUAUGUUAGAUGAUGUAAAAAUUUUAGCCAAUGGUCUCCUUCAGCUGGGACACGGUCUUAAAGACUUUGUCCAUAAGACUAAGGGCCAAAUUAAUGACAUAUUUCAAAAACUCAACAUAUUUGAUCAGUCUUUUUACAAUCUAUCACUGCAAACUAAUGAAAUUAAAGAAGAAGAAAAAGAACUGAGAAGAACUACAUCCAAACUGCAAGUCAAAAAUGCAGAGGUGAAGAACAUGUCACUUGAACUCAACUCAAAACUUGAAAGCAUCUUAGAAGAAAAAAUUCUACUUCAACAAAAAGUGAGAUAUUUGGAGGAACAAUUAACAAAUUUAAUUCAAAAUCAACCCGACAUUCAUGAUCAUCCAGACAUAACAUCACUUAAAGUUUUUGUAGAACAGCAAGAUAAUAGCAUCAAAGACCUUCUCCAGACAGUGGAAGAACAAUAUAAACAAUUAAACCAGCAGCACAGUCAAAUAAAAGAAAUAGAAAAUCAGCUCAGAAGGAGUGGUAUUCAAGAACCCACAGAAAAUUCUCUUUCUUCCAAACCAAGAGCACCAAGAACUACACCCCCACUUCAGCUGAAUGAAACAAAAAAUGUAGAACAAGACGGUACUUCUUGGACAUUAAUUCAACACCGAAUAGAUGGAUCACAAAAUUUCAAUGAAACAUGGGAGAAGUACAAAUACGGUUUUGGGAAGCUUGAUGGAGAAUUUUGGCUGGGCCUAGAAAAGAUAUAUUCCAUAGUGAAGCAAUCUAAUUACAUUUUACGAAUUGAACUAGAAGACUGGAAAGACAACAAGUAUUAUGUUGAAUAUUCUUUCCACUUGGGAAAUCAUGCAACCAACUACACACUACACCUGCUGGAGAUGCCUGGCAACGGCCCCAAGGUGUUUCCAGAACACCAAGACUUGGUGUUUUCCACGUGGGAUCACAAAGCAGACGGUCGCCUUCACUGUUCAGGAAGUUAUUCGGGAGGCUGGUGGUGGCAUGAUGUAUGUGACGAAAACAACCUAAACGGCAAAUACAACAAACCAAGAGCAAAAUCUAAGACAGAGAAAAGAAGAGGAAUAUGUUGGAGAUCUCAACAUGGAAAGUUAUACUCUAUCAAAUCAACCAAAAUGUUGAUUCAUCCAAAAACUUCAGAAAGCUUUGAAUGAGCUGAGGUAAAUUAAAAAACAAUAAAUUAAAUAUUAAACUCAUUCCAAA